CUCAAGGUCGACUGGAAAUGAAAGCAGCCUAAUUCGUUUUGGGUCAUCGUGUAUUUUUAUGUAGUAGACCUCCUCAAUAUAACAUACGAUGGAUAGUGUGCAGAUAACGUACGAUUACUUAGUACCUUCAUUCAUAUCAACAGUAACUCACCCACUGACCUAUGCCAGGACGUUAAUGUUGUUGGGUUAUGAACCGUUUCCUCCUGUUCGACGAUUUGCUUUGCGCAACAUCUUCCAGCCUGAAUAUAAAGCAUACUACUACCCAAGUGUUUUCGCUUACUGUCAUAAACUUCGUAAAGAGGUUGGUCUGUACGGGAUUUUUACAAUCGGUCUUCCUGCUAGUAUUAUUGGUUCAUUUGUAAAGUCCUAUUCCACUGAUAGAAUUAUGGAGCGUCUAACUCCUAACUUUUUUGAAAAGAAGACAUUUUUCGAGACUGAAGAAGGGAUAAGAAAUUUUCUUGUUAGUACUAGCAAAGUUACUGUCGCCCGUGUAGUUGGUACAGUCCUUAGCUAUCCAUUCCAAGUUGUUAUGAUUCGUCAAAUGUCUCAGUUUAUCAACAAAGCACAAUUAUACGAUUGUAUUGUUGUUGCUUUUCCUAGUCUAUUAAAACAUGAAGGGUUAUUAAGUUUCUUCAGUGGUUUAACACCUAGAUUAAUUGGCGAAGUGAUUACAGUUUGGCUGACUGCCUGUCUCGCAUACUUUUUCAACAAGUAUAUUUUUACAAAUCGCUUCGAUCCCUCUUUGAAGAAGCAUACUCCUUUUGUGACUGGGAACUUGGACGUUUGCUACCAACGCUUAUGGAUCAGGUGAUUUAAUUUGCUUCUGGAGCCACUUUGGAAUAUGUUCCGAGGCCCAUACCUGCAUGGAUCUGAGUCACCACACAUACAUUUGAAUUGGUAGAUGCAAUGGGAUGUGACAUUAUCGUUCACAUACUGUGGGAGUCUGGGGGAAUAUACUGGCAUGGUGGUUUCUGUUAAUCGAACUCUGGCUGCAUAGUAAAUUCCUAACAGCAGCGGUAAGUCUCUGCUUAAAGUUUGAGCUAUAAGAGUCACCUUUGUGCGGGAGACUGAUAAAGACAUCCUUCUUUGAGACAAACUGAAGAUCUAGUUUUGGCGCUGUAAUCAUCUUGUACUGCCUAAUACGUUUUGAUGGAUAGUUAUUUCCCAACAAUAUUUCAUUCAGUGUUCCUCUUUCGUUUUCCGAAGUAUCCUCUGUACAUAUUCGUUGAAUUCUACUGAAUAAGCACCUAACUAACGCUCACUUGUACUGAACCGGAUAAAAGCUAUGAUAGUUCAAAUAUUGCCCUGUCCAUGUAGGUUUUCUGUAGGUAGGUCUUUUUUUUGUAUCCACCCUGCCUCCGACUUAAUAUCCAAGAAUGACACGCUGUCAUCUUCCACGCAUGUCAAGGAUAUGUUGUUCUGUAUUUCGUUCAGUCGGUUUAGAUUGAAGUAGACUGACUUGAGUUUUCGUAAACAACCAGGAUAUCGUCAGCAUACCUUCUAUACCGAUGGGCUUGGUUGGUUAGGUUCGCGACUAAGUUUUCCACGUGACAUAAAUAUGUCAGCUAGAAGGGGACCUAAAGGACUUCCUACGACAACUGAAUCAACCUGACAGAAAUGUUCGCCCUCAAUUGUGAAUUUAAU